CACCAGUCGCUGACACCUUUCCUCGUGGGUUUGCACCGAUGCGAUGGAUGAGCCGCAGAGCGGCGAGCGGAAGCGCCCAGCUGCAGUGGAAGGGGAACGCCCCAGCAAGCGACGAAGGUUGGGUCAGGCUUCCAUCCUUUGCAUGCGAGAACUUUUUCGCACGGUGGUCAACGAUGGCGACAUCUCGGAGGACAAACGGAUACUUCUUCAGAAUGCUGGAGUGUUGCUUUCGCAGGUAGAUGGAAAGACGUGGGUUUCUUUUCCUGAUACUCAAGGCGAGCUUCAGGAGCUGACGCCGCAACAGCUGCGAGUGCUGCGGCCCUUUUUCGACCAGGUGGCAGAGGAGCUCAAGAUGCGCGAAGUGCAACUUCUUUCCGACAGCACUACAAGUGCAGGAUCGGGGGAUCACUUGGACUGUUUGAAGCUCACACAUGUUCCUUGGGCAGAUGGGAUCACUGCAAGAGAACUAAUCGCUUGCUGUAGCCCCGACGAGGCGUUGCAGUUCAACACACGUUGGAACUGGUUAGAGGUCUUGAUUCGCAUAUUGCCUUCCAAGUACAUGCUGAAGUCACGCAUGAAGGAGUUGGUCAACUACUACUACAUUCAGAGCCUUACACACGAGGCUGUGACAGCAGCGACGCCAAAAAACGAUAUCCAGAAGGAAGACAAAAUCCGAAAAAACCGAAAGAUCCCAAGAAGGGCUGUGGCUCUUGUGGCGCAGCGAGCAAGGCUUUGCCUGCAGAUCAGUCGUUCAGCUGCUCGCUUCAUGAGUGGCCUGGUGACGCAGCUGGUGCUGCUGGCAGCGCAGACGGUUGCAGCCGUCUUUGGGCGCAUGAUGCAGCAUUUGCCCUUCAGAGAUGAUCCUGCAUGGCCUUUGGCAAGGCUUUUCUUUGCAGUGUUGCUGCAAGGACAAAUCAAGAAGUUCUUAGAGCUCAUCGUUCUCAUAGCGCGCUUACGUGUCAUUUUAUGCCUUGCUCGCUCGAGUGAGAUCUUCGGUUUUUUGUUCUUUCCCUUUGUGGUGAUCGCACAGAAAGUCCUUGGCUGGAACGAAGGCAGUUGGCUUCUGGGUUGCUCUUGCGAUGUUUCUUCUCGACCCAGCUUGCUCUCUUACUUCCCGGUUCGAGCAGCGGAAGGACUCCUCGCUUGCUUGAAGGCAAUCAAGCAUUUGCAGACACUCCCCGGGCUCGCCAUGCUUGAAGUUGUAGUCGACCCUUUCAUCCAUGCGGUGAUUUGGAUUCAGCCUGCUGUGGUCUUUCUCAGCGACCUGAUGUUUUCAGUUGGCUUUGCAGAAGGACUUGCCAUGAUUGUCAGAAGUGUGGACAAAAGUGCGCAUCACAAGUUGGUAUGGAUGUCCAUGAACGUCGGCCGAAUGCUCCGAGAGGGUCCUGCAGUCAAUCCCAUGGAGCUUGGCGACCAGAGGGCUGAACAAUCAGUGUCAGCUCAGGUAGCAGAUAGCCCGCAGCCCCUUCCAGAAUGGCGAGAGGAUGGCACUUGGAAUUUGUUCGAUGGAGGUGACUAGCUUGCUCUGAUUGCGCUGCAUUCACCUCAGAACAGCUGAAAAAAAUC